CAUUUUGUUCGUCAGUUAGCGAAGCAGCAUUUGCAGGAAGCGCAUCUAUCGCCUGCUUCUCAUCGUAAAUAUACGCUUUCCUGCUUUCACGUCUGACCGCCAAACACGGAUAUUAUAAUUUGGAAUUUAAAACUCGUUGCGGGAUACUGUGCCAUUUUUGUGUGUGAAUUAACAACAACGACUGGCAUUGGUUAUUCGCCUGGCAACACCCUGGUAUCUUUCUUCUGGUCCGGAUAGAAAGGACUGCGUUUAACCGCGGUAAAUAUCGACUUGUUUUGUGAGAAGUUGCCUUCGCAGACGACGCGAAGAGGAUAUAUUCCCGCCAAAUUACAAGGAGAGAUAAAAUCAUUGAAGAUGCCGUCAGUCAGGUUACCACAUAGGACAACCCGUCUCGGGAGUGUAGUCGUUUUCUUUCUUACAUUCGUCCUAGCAGUUUUCACAGUACAUGCAAAUGAAGAGCUCAGCUCGAUCUGUCAAGGGGCACAGAACUGUGGAGAAUGUAUAUCUGUUAAUCCAGAGUGUACAUGGUGUAAGGAAGAUGUAUUCGAGGGGCGAAGAUGCGAUCUUGAGAUCCUCUUGCAAGAAGCUGGAUGCGGCAACAUCACCAAUCCUCUUCCGUCUGUCGUACCCACAGAAGACAAACCGCUGAGUGAGGCCAAUGCUGAUCUGGAUGCAAUCGUUCAAGUCAAGCCUCAGAUGAUGAGGAUCAAAGUACGACCGAGGGAGCCAAUCAACAUAAAGUUGUACGUGCGCCAAGCCGAAGACUACCCUGUCGAUCUCUACUACGCUAUGGAUCUCAGUCACUCCAUGAAAGACGAUCUGGAAAACCUCAAGGGUCUCGGAACAACCUUAUCGGAAGAGUUGAAUAGCAUAACCCGGGACUUCCGGCUUGGGUUUGGCUCAUUUGUGGAUAAGACAGUUCUACCUUACGUAAGCACUGUUCCCGCCAAACUGAUUUCGCCAUGCACAGGAUGCGCUAGUCCACACGGAUUCCACAAUGCACUACCUCUAAAUCAAGAUCCAUCGCUCUUUGCUAACCGUAUCACAAACACGACAGUGUCUGGUAACUUGGAUACUCCUGAGGGCGGGUUUGACGCUUUGAUGCAGAUUGCUGUUUGUGGGGAGGUCAUCGGUUGGAGACCCAAAGCUCGCCAUCUGGUCAUCUUUACAACAGACGCUUCAUUUCAUUUCGCGGGAGACGGAAGACUUGGAGGCAUUGUGGAACCCAAUGACGGUCAGUGUCACAUGGAUCCUAACACAAACAUGUACGACUUUAGUACCCUGCAGGAUUAUCCCUCUAUCGGUCAUCUCAGCGCCAAGCUACGAGAAAACAACGUCAUUCCUAUUUUCGCUGUUACCAGGGACCAAACGCCCCUGUACAUGAGUCUGGAGAAUUACAUCGAGGGAGCGACAGUCGGGACGCUUGACGAAGACUCUGGAAACGUCGUGCAGCUCAUUCGUUCAAAUUAUGACCGAAUCACAUCGCAAGUCCGACUAACGUCAACAGCCCCCGAUGACGUCACACUCUCCUACCGAGCGAACUGUAAAGACCAGACAUACGAAGACACGAACGAGUGUUCGGGACUGAGUCUAGGGGACACAGUAUCCUUUGAUAUCACCCUCACGGCCGAGAGGUGUGUCGAAGGCGGCAUGACGAGUUUCAACAUUGGACCAGUAGGAUUCAAUGAAGAACUUCAGAUUGAGCUAGAAGUGACGUGUGAAUGCGAUUGUCAGGGAUUAGAGGAAGCUAACAGCACUGUUUGCAGCAGUGGUAACGGGACGUUGGUGUGUGGUGAGUGUGAUUGCAACCCUGGACGGUACGGAGUCAAGUGUGAAUGCAGCGGUAAUGAAAUCAACAUGGAGAGCACGGAUCCAUCCCCAUGCAGAACGGACAACACAACACGAACUUGUUCUGGACGUGGAGAAUGCAUCUGUGGGAAAUGUGUCUGUGACAACACUGGGAACCCUGGUGAGGUUAUCUCUGGACAAUUCUGUGAAUGUGAUAACUUCAACUGUCCCUACAGCCGAGGAUUGCGUUGUGGAGGGCCUGACCAAGGAAUGUGUGUCUGUGACGUAGCUACAAGACAACCUAAGUGCCAAUGCAACCCCGGCUUCGAGGGCGAUAGUUGUGAUUGCCCAACACGAAAAGACAUGUGUCGGGCCAGCAAUGGAUUGGAAUGUAACGCGCACGGAACCUGUGUGUGCGGUGCCUGCGAGUGUUUUGCGGACUCACAGUUCCAGGGAAAAACGUGUGAGAAAUGCCCUACAUGUGCAUUUGGAAUUUGUCACAUACACCGAGAUUGUGUCGAGUGUACAGUGUUUGGAACAGGCAGGCUAACACCCGAACAGUGCGAUAUGUGCACAGUCAACAUAAUCAAUGUUACAAGUAUUGACGAGUAUACGGAAGACAACCCCAAAUGUAACUUUCCACUGAGCGACGACUGCACUUUUCAGUUUGUUGUUGUCUCGGAGAACGAAACAGUCACUGUAUAUGUUGAGGGGGCACAAACAUGCAUCGAACCGGUGGGCAAGCCAACGCUGUCGGUGGAAGAAAUCAGAUGGAUCGUCAUCGGAAUCAUCCUCGGCAUCGUGCUGAUCGGGAUGAUCCUGGUCUGCGCCUGGAGGUUAUACACCUACGUCCAGGAUAAGAGAGAGUAUGCACAGUGGGAGAACGACUGCAAGAAAGCCCAAUGGGAUCAGAGUGAUAAUCCCAUCUACAAGUCAUCAACGACGACAUUCAAGAAUCCAACAUAUGGCAAAUAACGUACACUCCUAUGUCUGCAAUGGGAUACCAAUCUCCUUAUUUAUAUUACUGGCUAUAAAGAAGAUAGCGUACUCGCACUGUACACGGGUAUCAAACAAGACAUCUGCUAUUACUGAACUAUUUUCUUGUUUAUUUUGUCCUUAUCUUACAGAAAGAGAAUCCUCUAUUCAAAUCCUCAUCUACCAGGUUUGAAAACCCAAUGUUUGGGCAUUAAUAAACUUGUUGCUUGGGGGAAAGUGAUUUAAAAUGCUUAUGGCAUAACAUGAUAUAAAUCUAUGAGUAUAAUGAUUUUAACAUUUCUCAUGUCUCUGUUUCUGCAUAUCUUACUUUUCAGCGUACCAAUGAUAUCUAUCUUACUCCGAUAUCUCGUGUUGAUAACCCGCUGCAUGCAGAUAAUCAGAAAUAAUUAUAUUUCUGCUUUCUGGAAUUAUGCGUAUUUUACUUGGUUUCUAUGGUAAAUAUUUCCAGUUCUUGCUUUGCAAGCUCCUCUUAAGCACAGGCACACUCAGGCACAGUCAAGUUCUCACUUUGAUUUAUUUUAUGAGUCACUCUGUACUGCAAUACAUAAAAUUUAACCAGUGAAAUGUGUAACUUAAGUAUCUCUUUUAUUAAAAAAGCAGCAACUGUUAUCUCGUGUUUUAAGGUGAAAUUCUUUUUAUUUUUGACGGGCGCAAAAGCUUCUUCUAUCGGUGGAUGUUCCUUCACUUUUCAGUGCUAAAGUUUCUUGUAUUUGGAGAUUAAAUCUCUAAAAAUAUGUUCUAACAACGAACGAAUGUGACCAGUGACAAAAAGAAAUGACAAAGUUGGUUUGAAACAGAAGUAUCUUUUUGUAUGUGUACCGUUCCGCAAUUGACAACAACAUGUAGUGUGUAAACUGUUUACCUUUCAAGUGGAGCUGGAGUUUACAGAUCAUAAGUUUAUCUGUCUGUGUGCUUUGUGCAAAAUAUUGCAGAUACAUUCAGUCAUUUUAUGUAAUUGUGAAAGGUCAAUUGUCACUAUUCAUUUAUUCACAUUGGUGCAAAUCUAACGCUUUUCUGCAUACAAUCAAAUUAUCAAAACAAUAACUAACAUGGUGUGUGGAUGCAUUAACAAGGUGUUGGUAUAUCUAUUUAGAAUCCAUAACAUUGUGUUAAAGUGAUACUGCUAAAUACAAACAAUUUCAACUAGUUUAUGAGUUGAAGGCUAGGUGUAUAAUUGGUAUGACACAAGAUCUCACUAUGCAAAACUUCUCACCUAAACCCAAUACCAUAAAUUUGUGUUUGUGUUACCUCUUUGUUAUUAACCCUCUUAGGACUCUGAAUCAGAAGUUAUAGAGCAAAACAAAAAUGGAGAAUACUUGUCUUGAAAGGGUUAAUAACAUGGAAGGUAGAGGUUCAUUUACUGCACACUUAGAAGAGGCUUUGAUAUCGAAUAAUAUGUUAUAACGAUCCUCGGCUGAACCGUAAUUAUAUUCUUUCUCGACGUGAUCAGCGAAAUUAUGUAGAUCUUGAAGGAAAAUAGUUAGGGCUUAAAAAAAUCCAGUUUUUGUGCAUAAGACAUCCCACUUUGUAAACCAUGUCACAACAUUUUAAAUCAAUUCGAUAAUUGGAUGUACAUCCUUCAAAAUAAUAUGAAUUUGGUAAUUGGAUAUAAAUUCUCGGAGAUAUCUGUAACACACACACUAGUGCUUUUGAUUACACAUGCCACCAAAUUGCUAAAUUCAUAUCAUAUUGAAGGAUGUACAUCCAAUUUUCGAAUUAAUCUAACAUUUUGUGUCAUGGUUUAAAAAGAGGGAUGUCUUAUGAACAAAACUUAUAAUUUAAGUUAAUAAAUGAUGACAUUCACUCCUCAUAAAUAUAACACAUGAAAUGUUAGUAGAAACUAUCACUAUCACUCUCGCACACACAUAGUUCUUCUGAUUCAUGUCACUAGUAUUGAUUGGAAGAUACGAUUCCAAGGUCAUGCAAAAAAGAAUGUCUCACAUUAAAUUAAGAAGACUUUGCAUAGUUACAUUUUUCGUUUAGCACGAAACUGACAACUGAAGUUAUACCGAUAGUUCCAUACACCGUAGAAUCAUUCACAAUUCACAAAUUGAUCUCAUUCUAAAAACUUGCAUUCACCUAGUGUACGUUGUCAUGGUAAUAUUUCUAAGGCUGCAGUGUAUCAAAUGCUCGCGUUUGAGUGAAGCUAUAAAGAUUUUAGUCAUACACAAUCAAAUUGUCGUGCCUUUUAUACCUUUUACAUUGUUGUAAUUUAUAAUUGUAAUGCAACGUUUGUAAUCAUGUUUGUACAAAAGUAGGUUUUCGUGUAGUGUAAACGUAAUAGUCGGGAUAAGAAAUUGCAACGAUGGUAAAACUUUUUUCUGUGUAAUGUUAAACAUGCUACGACACCUUUUGGUGACUUUAUUAUCGUUAAAUAAUGUUUUUUAAAAAACCUUUUUAUUUUGUGUGUGGGGGGGGGGUUAAAACAUACGUUAAGCGUACGUUAUUAUGUGUUUUUGUUAUGUCUUAGGGUAAUUGUGAAUAUAUUAGCGACAAUAUUAAAAACAUUAUCUGAACAGUAAAAGUCCAAACGUGACGAUAAUAUUAUCGAGAUGUAUGCUUAUAUAUCAAAUGCUAAAAGUUUCUUGUAUAUAGUCUAAACCAUCAUAUUGAUCUUAUAUCUGCUGUGAUUGUUUUAAUUUUUGUCCGAGGGGCCAUGAGAAAUGAAAUUAGGUAUAUAUAGCUUGAGCGGGAUCUUUCGUAUUUUUAUAUUAAUAUAUGAAAUUGGCGGCUGAAUGGCAAUUGCUGUAAUUGUGUAGAUAAAGUUGAAUAAUUAUUAUUGAAUUGUAUUUUUUCAAUUAGUGUAUUACGACGUGGUAGUUAACGCGUUAAGAUCGUAGAGUUCUAAGGGAAAACAUUGUUAAUUGGAACAAAAAAAGUACUAUUCGUAGAUUUUACGAGUUCAAAGAAUGAUUAUUGUAUUAUGCGUGAUUGAUGUAUGGUUGUAUGUUCAUGAGGAAUAUACAAAAAAAAAAGAAGCAGAAUAAACUGAUUAUGGCAUAGUUGUGGUGUUUAAGAAGAUAUACCGCAAUGUUUCUGUUAUUGUUCGAGUUCGAACACGCCAUGUGUUCUAAAAUAAAUUCGCAUUGAUCACUAUUAUGGUGCGUGUAAAUAAGAAAACAGAUUGGCCGUUAUGAUAUCAUGUUUAUGUGCACAUACUUUGUUUUAUUGAUGUCCUUGGCAAAACACAUGUCAUCAAUAUAUUGUUUGUAGCUGAAUCCAUUUCCUAAUGUGGCUGAAUUUCACUACAUUGUUACUCCUGAAAUCGGUGGGGGAAAAACGUUCCGAAGGGGAAGGAGAUCAAAGUGCGUACAAUGAU